GUCUUGUGUCUAGCUAUGUGUCCAGAUCGGAAGCUGGAGUGGUUCAACAAGAAUGAGGAUUGGCGUCAAGAGGACCGGGUCGAGGUGGAUCGUUUAGUGCGACACCGCUGGAAUGAAACGUACGCCCCCAAGACGUCUGUGGCUACCGAGGGAGCUAGUGUCACGUCAGAACCAGUAAAGGCACGUUCGAGGUGGGCAAGUGCUCAUCGUGAGGCGGACAGUUCAUCGUACCGAUACGCUGAAGAUACUAUCGAAGGCUAUCUGUCGUCACCGCCUGUCACGCCAGAUGUAAUCAGGGAUGCCGGCGGGGUGUUGAAGUAUUGGGAGCAAGCAAAGUCGUCG